GGGCCGCACGCAGCCACCGAGCCGCUCGGGCCGCGGCCCGCCGCCUCUUAAAGGGAGGUAGCCGGCCCUUAAAGGCCCCUCGCGCGCGGCGCACGGCGGCCCCGUUCCCGGCAGGGGCCCGCCGAGCCAGGCCGAGCCCCCGCGGCGCCCAGGCGCGGCCCGGGGCCCUCCCGCCCUCCGCCGCCGGGAGCGGCAUUUUUAUUCAGGCGACGCUUAAGGGAGCCCGGCCGCGCCCGGUGCAUUGUGGGAGCGCCGGAGUCCCGUUCGCGGGAGGAGGAGGAGGGCGCAAGGCGAACCGGUGGAUCUGUCAAGAAACCAGCCGGCUAGGAGAGGGAGGGGAGGAGCCCGGCUGUGAGACGUGUGGGCCCAAGAACCAUGUCUACGCGGGAGUCCUUUAACCCGGAAAGUUAUGAAUUGGACAAGAGCUUCCGGCUAACCAGAUUCACUGAACUGAAGGGCACUGGCUGCAAGGUGCCCCAAGAUGUCCUGCAGAAAUUGCUGGAGUCCUUACAGGAGAACCACUUCCAAGAAGAUGAACAGUUUCUGGGAGCAGUCAUGCCAAGGCUCGGCAUUGGAAUGGAUACUUGUGUCAUUCCUUUGAGGCAUGGCGGUCUUUCCUUGGUUCAAACCACGGAUUACAUUUACCCCAUCGUCGAUGACCCUUACAUGAUGGGCAGGAUAGCAUGUGCCAAUGUCCUCAGUGACCUCUACGCCAUGGGGGUCACAGAAUGUGACAAUAUGCUGAUGCUCCUUGGAGUCAGUAAUAAAAUGACCGACAGGGAAAGGGAUAAAGUGAUGCCCCUAAUUAUACAGGGUUUUAAAGAUGCAGCAGAGGAGGCAGGCACAUCUGUAACAGGCGGCCAAACAGUGUUAAACCCCUGGAUUGUUUUGGGAGGAGUGGCUACGACUGUCUGCCAGCCCAAUGAGUUUAUCAUGCCAGAUAACGCAGUGCCAGGGGAUGUGCUGGUGCUGACGAAGCCCCUGGGGACACAAGUGGCCGUGGCCGUGCACCAGUGGCUGGAUAUUCCUGAAAAGUGGAACAAAAUUAAACUCGUGGUCACCCAAGAAGAUGUGGAGUUGGCGUACCAGGAGGCGAUGAUGAACAUGGCGAGGCUCAACAGAACAGCUGCAGGACUCAUGCACACAUUCAAUGCCCACGCCGCCACGGACAUCACGGGCUUUGGAAUUUUGGGCCACGCUCAGAACCUGGCCAAGCAACAGAGGAACGAGGUGUCCUUUGUGAUUCACAACCUUCCUGUCCUGGCCAAGAUGGCUGCUGUGAGCAAGGCCUGUGGAAACAUGUUUGGCCUCAUGCACGGGACCUGCCCGGAGACAUCAGGAGGCCUUCUAAUCUGUUUACCACGUGAGCAAGCAGCUCGGUUCUGUGCAGAGAUCAAGUCCCCAAAAUAUGGUGAAGGUCACCAAGCCUGGAUUAUUGGGAUCGUAGAGAAGGGCAACCGGACGGCCAGGAUCAUAGACAAACCCCGGAUCAUCGAAGUCGCCCCACAAGUGGCCACUCAGAGUGUGAAUCCCACACCCGGGGCCACCUCGUAAUCUAGAAUGAAAGAGCCAUUUGGUUUUGUUUCUAAAUUGAUCUAGUUCCUUUAUCAUCAUUUCAAUUAAAGACUAUAAACAACAACAACAAUCUCAUUGUGUCUACACAUCUGGUGACCUUAGGUCAGUUUGUGAAUGGAUGCAAUUAAUAAAAUAAAUCCAUUGCCUUUUUUUCCUGUUACAUUAACUGAAGAUGCACCUAAUCCUGAGGCAGCUUCUGAGUUGAGAAUUAUAUUGUUAUCCAAUACUGUUGAUUCAUUUUGAAUCUUUAGACACUUAUCUCUUGCCGCAUAGGCUCUUUUUAAAGGUGCUUCCACAUCGCACAGACAUUACCAGUCUUAGUGUCAAGUAGCAGUUGGUGUCUUUUCAUUUUAUGGAUAUUUAUCAUUAUCAGUCUCAUCUUUUUUAAGUGUCUUGAGUGGUAAUCUGGAAAGACAGAAUUGCUAAGUGACAGAAUGAUAUCCCAGUAGUAAGAGGGUUGCAUGAUUCCUUCAAGUCUUUGAUUUGUAAAGCCUCAUCUGCUAAUUCAGAGCAUCUCUUUGACCCAGGACCUUUCCCAAUAGUGCAUUCAGUUAAACAAGGCAAGUGCUUAACUCUGCAUGGAAAGCACUUUGAAGACAAAAAAGAAAUUUUAUUUCAUUUUUUGUAACCUUCCUAAUAUUUACAGUAAUAUCGUUAAGUAUUUUCUUUAGGGAGAGCCAAAAAGGAUACUUCCUGCAAUGGAAUGAGAUGCUCUAUAGUGCAACAAGGAAUUGCCUCCAAAAGGGGAUUCAUGUAUAAUACUCUUCUGCAAUUCCGUAUAUAAUUAACUACACAAAUAAUUUUUAAAUAUAAUCAAUAAUAAAGACUUCUGUGGACGAUAGUGUUUAAUACAUUUUAUAUUUUGUAUAGUGAUUUCAGGCCUUUUGUUUUCUUGAAAUAAUCAGCUAUUUAGCAUGAUUCUGAGCAUUGUCCUGUCCUUUGCGCCAGUACCUUUUUGUGCACGCUUUUUGUGGUCUGUUAAAAGUCUGCAGUGCCAACAUUAUAGCAGCUUGAACUUAAAACUUGUUCAAAUAAAUAUUUAAUUUUUU